AUGGCUAACGUGGAAGCUGGAGAGGCACCGGCUUCACCCGUAACUGAGACUAGGUCUCACGAUAGUGUAGCUAGGGACGAUGCACUAUCCCAAGCUACGUUGCAAAUUCUGGAGAGGAUCGCUAGGUCCAAUACUGGUACUGUGGGCUGUGGGUCGAUUACGAAACAACUCCGGUUUAAUGGAGUUGAGAUUUUCAAGGGUAUUGCUAGAAUAGCCCCUAUUGUGGCUAAAUAUUGGAUUGAGGCCAGGAAGAGGAUAAUGGAUGACCUCGAUUGCACCCCAGAGCAGAAACUAAAAAGUGCAGUGUCACUCCUGCGGGAUGAAGCCUAUAAGUGGUGGCUUACAGGAAAGUAUAUGGGCGCUAGUUACGUGGAUGCCCGGAGAAGAGAGUUUCUGAACUUGAAUCGGGGGAAUAAAUCAGUGGUUGAAUAUAAGGCUGAAUUUUUACGAUUGAGCCGCUAUACUUGUGGGAUGGUGGCAAUUGAAUAUGAGCGCUACGUUCAUUUCGAGGACGGCCUCCGAAAUAGUCUACGAGUUUUGAUAGCUCCACAGAGGGAACGAGAUUUUGCUGCUUUGGUCGAUAAGGCGAAGAUCGCCGAGGAUGUGAAGCGUACUGAGCAGCAGCACUGUGAGAAGGAAAAGGGUAGAAACAAGAGGGAUUCGAAGCCCUUAAGUUCAUUUCAAAUGCCUAAGAAAAAGGCCAGAGUUGAUGGGCCAGUCAGAGUUGGUGCUCCUAUUGCUGCUCCUGGAUCGCAACCCUGUGCGGAUUGUGGGAGAUGCCAUCAGGUCAAGUGCUGGAAAAGGAUUGGGGCAUGUUUGAGGUGCAGAUCAUUGGAGCACCAUAUCAAAGAUUGUCCACGGAGGCCCGAUCAAAUGCGAGCUACUGAUGUGGGUAUUGUUCAGUCGCUGAGGAGUGUUUAA